AGAUUUUCCAGCAACAAUUACAGCAAGAAGUUUAACAGCAAAUGUGUUGCCCACCUUUCCUGUUGAUGGUGAAUGCAACGUCCAAUUGACGUCGGAUUAGUUCUUUGGACGUGUGACGUCACAGAUGGGCUGGGUUUGCUAAUUCCGAUAUAAAAAUAUUCAUCUGUGGCAUUUGGAGCAACAAACUCUGUCGACGUCCGCUUCACCAAAAAGUUGGCCAGGAUGUCCUAUGUGAGAGCAGACAGCAGCUGGUCCCAACCAUGGGAUUUUAACAGCCUUGUUCAGACAUGCAGCUCCAACAUCCAGAAGAUCAGUCAAAAUUCUGGUCAGAUAAAAAAUCUUCUCUACCAACUGGAGACAAGACAGGAAGCCUCAGAUCUCCAUGCCAACAGCUUCAGCACUACACCAACCAACUGGCUAAACAAACCAACAGACACCUGAAGGAGCUGGGGUCACUGCCCCCACCACUGUCUCCAUCAGAACAGAGGCAGCAAAGGUUGAGGAAGGAGAGCUUGAUGAACGAUUUCUCUGCAGCCCUCAACAACUUCCAGGCUGUGCAGCGGACAGCUGCUGAGAAAGAGAAGGAGUCGGUGGUCAGAGCUAGAGCUGGAUCCAGAAUUAUGGGUUAUGGAAGCAGUGUGAAUGAUGAGCUGGUUACAUUUGAAAAGGAAGGUGAGUGGGGUGAGAACCAGACUCAGACUGAGGAGCCUACCAUCACAGAGAAGGACUUGAAAAUCAUCAAGGAGAGAGAGACUAACAUCAAACAGCUGGAGGCUGACAUUAUGGAUGUGAACCAGAUCUUUAAGGACCUAGCUGUGAUGAUCCACGAUCAGGGAGAGAUGAUUGACAGCAUCGAGGCCAAUGUGGAGAGUGCAGAGGUUCAUGUCGACAGAGGGGCUGUCCAGCUGCAGAAGGCAGCCUAUUACAAGAGGAAGUCCCAUAAGAGGAUGUGCAUGCUGGCCAUGGUGCUGUCGCUGGUUCUCAUCAUCCUGAUCAUCAUCAUCUGGCAGGCCAUCAAAUGAGAGGAGAGGCGCAGCCCGCUUAUACCUUCAACUGACUUCCAACGUGUGUGUGUGUGUGUGUGUGUGUGUGUGUGUGUGUUGCGUGUGUCUGCAUACUGGUAUGACCAAUAAACCUGACAUUCCAAAAAGUAAAAUCUUCCUCAGUGUAAGCUUUACUCAGUCAGUGUCUGGGACUGAAAGUGGAUGUAUUUAUGUGUGUUAAAUAAACAACAGUAGGUUCCUUGUGAGAAAUCCUGCAGCUGGGAAGCCAAAACUCCAUUGAGACAAUGCAUGACUACUGCUAAUAUUAUCCACUACUGCUACUUAGCUGUAGCCUCAAAAUGAAGCAGUGGAUUGUAGUUGUUAUUGAUUCACAGUUAAAAAAAUAAGCUUCUGUCAGGCACUAACUCAUUAAUGCUGGAAAGAAGGCUAAGUGUGACAAAGUGCUUUUGCGUUCUGUGUGUGUGUGUGUGUGUGUGUGAGAGAGAGAGAGAGGGAGUCAUGUGUGCACUUCUGCACACACAGAGUAUGAUAAAGAAACCUUACAUUCUAACACAAAAGGCUAAAAUGUUCCUCAGUGUAAUCUCUGUCAGCACUGGAGGACUUAUGUGGAGUGUUUUAUCAAACACAAUGUUGCACAGUUUUGUAUAGUUCAUAUACAAGUUCAUAUACUGUCUACCAUGUCUUGUUUGAAUAUUAAGUAUCAUAUCAGGAAUGUAUUACCUAUCAGAAUGUUGAAGGAAGUAUUGAUUGUUAGCAUCUGGUAGAAUGUUUGUCUUAAGUAAACUGUUUCACUGGAUCUACACACCUGAGGAUUUAAUACAGUACCAUCAGAACAAGU